AUGAAAUCAAACGAUUUUAAUGCUAUUUGUUCGAAUGAUUUAAAUUUCUUGCCGAGUAAAGCAGAAAUUGAACGUCGUCGACGAGCUCGAAUGAAUGCUUCGUUGGAUAAAUUGAAAAUGUUUCAUUUAAUAAAAUCACCAACAAUUGAAUCAAAAUUUGAAAAAAUUGAAACUUUGAAUUUAACAAUCAAAUAUCUUCAAUCAAUUAGUAAUGAUCAACGAAGAGGAUCAGAAAAAACAGCAUAUACAGGAUUUAAAGAUGGAUUUGAGGCGGCGCAAAAAGCUGUCACUUCAUUUAUCUAUCAUCGAUGUCCUCCUUCGAUCUCAUCAUCACUGGUUGCUUCGGUUAAUGCAGAACUCUCUGCAGUAUUUGAUCAAUCUUUUAAAUCAAUGAAUUGGUUACGAUCUGUUUAUGGAAACAAUGCUACAGGAGAGAAGCAAUCUUCGGCAAAGAAACCAAAGAAACCAGAAAUGAAUUUACCGCAAUUUGGACGACAAUCGUCAAGUUCCUUGCUACAGCUGUAUUCGUCACCAGUUUCGCACUCACACAAUAUUCCACCACUAUUUGAGUCACCUGAAAGUGCAUACACUAAUCAAUCGUUGUUAUCAUUAUUAUCAUUAUCAACAAUGUCAUCAUCAUCACCAUCAUCAUCAUCAUUAUCAGCAAAAGGAAGCGACGAAAUUUUGGAUCAGUCAAACAGUACUGCGGAAUUUGUUUGCAUCACUUGUGACGGAAACUGCAUUUGUAAUAGGAACUAA